CAAGUCAGUGUUUACAAGCGAAGCGUGACGUUCACGGACCCGCAGAAACCCGUUUUCAAUCGCCGCUAAGAUCCUCCAAUCUUUUCAGGAAAAUGCUGCCUCUUAGAGUUUUCCUCAAUGAGAGACUCUCCGCGGUGGCGGAGGAGAUUUUAGGAGCCGUGGAGAAGACAAUAGCGGUGUACCAGGAGGAGAUUUUACGCUCCAAAGAUUUAGAAAUCAGGCAGCUCAGGAUGCAGCUGAAGCUCCUCCAUUCAGAGCCUAAAUCGGACAAUUAUCUUGAAACCGAGCAGCUGCAUUCUCCUCCCCCUCCUUCUGCUUCUCCUUCUGUCCAGCCCCAUCAGUCACCCCCUGCAGUGGCUGCUGUCCAUGAGGAGGAGCAGCAGCAGGGAGGGGAGGAAGAGGAUGAAGUCUGCUGCGUUGAUCAGGAGCUCCCAGAGACCUCGCAGGGCAAAGAGGAGCAGGAGCAGCCGCGGGGAGACGCUCCCAAGCGGCACUUCUGGAUGGUGCACGACCCCGCUGAGAACCAGGACGACCCGGAGUCAGAGGCGCAGGAGUUCAUCUCACCCCACACCGGCCUGCCGACCUCUCUGCACGAACAGGCGCUGCACUUCCAGCAGUUUCUCAGCAGCAGCAGCAGCAACAACGGCGGGGGGAACAGCAGCGGCGACGAGAGCAGAGACAGGCCCUACAUCUGCUCCGUGUGUGAGAAACGCUUCACCAACUGCUCCCACCUGGCCGCCCACAUCAGGACGCACACGGGGGAGAGGCCCUACAUGUGUGACAUCUGCAGGAAGACCUUCAUCACCACAAGCGCUCUGAACAGACACCAGACCAUUCACACCGAGGGGAAGCGGUAUAUAUGCGCCUUCUGUGGGAAGUCCUUUAAAUGGAUGGAGUCUCUAGGCAGACAUGUGAGAAGCGUUCACAAGAGUGAUAAUGUGCAAGUAUGAGGUUCGCAUUAAAGCUGCAGUAUGUGACUUUUAUUAAAAAGAACAAUGUUUUUUAUGUAUCUGUCAAAACUAUAACUAUGUUAUGACCGUUUGUUACGAUGUCAUCUGUGAAAAGAAAAAUCGAUGAUUUCCUGAUCUACUAUUGCUGUCUGAAGAAAUGCGCCGCCCCCGACCAAAAACAACCAAUCAGAGCCAGGAAGCAGGUCUUAGUGCUUUCAAACAAUGCUGCUAAAUACGGCAAAGGAGGAGAAACAGCUUACCUUCACAGAAAAAAAGUCUUUCAGUGGCUAUGUUAACAAGAGUGAGCAUUCACAACAUGCUAUGCUAGCUGAGGUAGCACAGAGCAAGGUGGUAAGGGAGGAUGAGUCACAUAAGAUUGUGAUUGACAGCGCUAAUCCCCGCCUCCUUUCUCUGAUUGGCUGUUCCUAGUUAGCGCUAGGAGACAGAGGAGCUACAUUUUUCAGAUUAUCUGUCAUACCAUGCUAUCACGACAGUGAAAGUUUCAAUAAACGUGUAACCAAAUAUUUUUUAUAAAAGUUAUGCAACUUUUAUAAAAAUAUAUAAAUUAUUUUUCAUAUUUAUUAAAACUGUAAUGACGUCCUGACAGUAUGGUAUCAGACAGAUAACGUGAAUAAAUCAAGCUGCUCCCAGUCAAAAACGACCAAUCAGAGCCAGGAGAAAGGCCUUAGUGCUGUCAAUCACUCUCAUGUACAUGCUACAAAAUGUGCUAAUGGCAGAACAGCAACUCGCUAUUACAGAAAAACUGCUAAUCAUCGGUAGCCAUGCGAACUAGCUAUAGCAUUCAUGUCAGGGUUUGAUUUUGUGACCUAACCAUAGCGUAGCAGAAACCAAGAGGGAGGGUGUAAGCAGCAUGUACAUGAGCAAGAUUAGCAGCGCUUAGGCCCUCCUCCUGGCUCUGAUUGGUUGUUUCUGACUGAGCUGUGUAUUUCUGAAGUUAGUACUGGGAGCAACAACAUUACAUUUCUUAUAUUGUCCCAACAUAAUGAUAAUUUCAACAAAUGUGUAAAAACAUUUUUAUAUAAAAGUUGCAUACUGCACCUUGAAAGGUGUAGUUUUACUUCAAUUACAUGUCCGCGUAUGAAUUAAUUAUAAACUAAAUAGCUGGUGUUCGGAAUGUUAGUAAAGUGUGAUUUACUGUAUGUAGUACUGAAUAUGCCUGAAUCCCUUUAAGACUUGUAUAAAUUAAUAAUUGGUAGCAAACUGAUUGUGUAAAAUUCACAUUUUUAAUUCAUGUAGGGUCCAUGUAUCAUUUCAGAAUAAAAAUUAAAAGUCAUUCUUCACCUUUUA